AGCACCCUCACAACAAAAGCAGCAGCAACAACAACAACCACAAUAGCAACUACAGCAACAACAACAUCAGCGGAUAGAGCGAGCAGCCAGGCACAACAUCGAUAGACAUCGAUUAACGCAUCGUGCUAAGCGGCGGGCGCUAAUCGAACAUGGCGCCUCGGAUAUAGUUGUAGCUUUAAUGUAGCAGGCGACAUCCAUGUGCCUCAUGCCUUGGAAAUCUAAGGCUCUCAUCGUUGGCCGCAUAGACAAUGACAGAAGAUUCCGACUCGAUAUCUGAGGAAGAACGCAGUUUGUUCCGUCCCUUUACCCGCGAAUCAUUGGUGCAAAUCGAACAACGCAUUGCCGCUGAACAUGAAAAGCAGAAGGAGCUGGAAAGAAAGAGAGCCGAGGGAGAGGUGAUCCGAUAUGAUGACGAGGACGAGGAUGAAGGUCCACAACCGGAUCCUACACUUGAACAGGGUGUGCCAAUACCUGUUCGAUUGCAGGGCAGCUUCCCGCCGGAAUUGGCCUCCACUCCUCUCGAGGAUAUCGAUCCCUACUACAGCAAUGUACUGACAUUCGUAGUUGUAAGCAAAGGAAAAGAUAUUUUUCGCUUUUCUGCAUCAAAAGCAAUGUGGAUGCUCGAUCCAUUCAAUCCGAUACGUCGUGUGGCCAUUUACAUUCUAGUGCAUCCAUUAUUUUCCCUAUUCAUCAUCACCACAAUUCUCGUCAACUGCAUCCUGAUGAUAAUGCCGACAACGCCCACGGUUGAGUCCACUGAGGUGAUAUUCACCGGAAUCUACACAUUUGAAUCAGCUGUUAAAGUGAUGGCACGAGGUUUCAUUUUAUGCCCGUUUACGUAUCUUAGAGAUGCAUGGAAUUGGCUGGACUUCGUAGUAAUAGCUUUAGCUUAUGUGACCAUGGGUAUAGAUUUAGGUAAUCUAGCAGCCCUGCGAACGUUUAGGGUGCUGCGAGCGCUUAAAACCGUAGCCAUUGUGCCAGGCUUGAAGACCAUCGUCGGCGCCGUCAUCGAAUCGGUGAAGAAUCUGCGCGAUGUGAUAAUCCUGACCAUGUUCUCCCUGUCGGUGUUCGCGUUGAUGGGCCUACAGAUCUACAUGGGCGUGCUCACGCAGAAGUGCAUCAAGAAGUUCCCGCUGGACGGCUCCUGGGGCAAUCUGACCGACGAGAACUGGGACUAUCACAAUCGCAAUAGCUCCAAUUGGUACUCCGAGGACGAGGGCAUCUCAUUUCCGUUGUGCGGCAAUAUAUCCGGUGCGGGGCAAUGCGACGACGACUACGUGUGCCUGCAGGGGUUUGGUCCGAAUCCGAAUUACGGCUACACCAGCUUCGAUUCGUUCGGAUGGGCUUUCCUGUCCGCCUUCCGGCUGAUGACACAGGACUUCUGGGAGGACCUGUACCAGCUGGUGUUGCGCGCCGCCGGACCAUGGCACAUGCUGUUCUUUAUAGUCAUCAUCUUCCUAGGUUCAUUCUAUCUUGUGAAUUUGAUUUUGGCCAUUGUUGCCAUGUCGUAUGACGAAUUGCAAAAGAAGGCCGAAGAAGAAGAGGCUGCCGAAGAGGAGGCGAUACGUGAAGCGGAAGAAGCUGCCGCCGCCAAAGCGGCCAAGCUGGAGGAGCGGGCCAAUGCGCAGGCUCAGGCAGCAGCGGAUGCGGCUGCCGCCGAAGAGGCUGCACUGCAUCCGGAAAUGGCCAAGAGUCCGACGUAUUCUUGCAUCAGCUAUGAGCUAUUUGUUGGCGGCGAGAAGGGCAACGAUGACAACAACAAAGAGAAGAUGUCCAUUCGGAGCGUCGAGGUGGAGUCGGAGUCGGUGAGCGUUAUACAAAGACAACCAGCACCUACCACAGCACACCAAGCUACCAAAGUUCGUAAAGUGAGCACGACAUCCUUAUCCUUACCUGGUUCACCGUUUAACAUACGCAGGGGAUCACGUAGUUCUCACAAGUACACGAUACGGAACGGACGUGGCCGCUUUGGUAUACCCGGUAGCGAUCGUAAACCAUUGGUAUUGUCAACAUAUCAGGAUGCCCAGCAGCACUUGCCCUAUGCCGACGACUCGAAUGCCGUCACCCCGAUGUCCGAAGAGAAUGGGGCCAUCAUAGUGCCCGUGUACUAUGGCAAUCUAGGCUCUCGGCACUCAUCGUAUACCUCGCAUCAGUCCCGAAUAUCGUAUACCUCACAUGGCGAUCUACUCGGCGGCAUGGCCGUCAUGGGCGUCAGCACAAUGACCAAGGAGAGCAAAUUACGCAACCGCAACACACGCAAUCAAUCAGUGGGCGCCACCAAUGGCGGCACCACCUGUCUGGACACCAAUCACAAGCUCGAUCAUCGCGACUACGAAAUUGGCCUGGAGUGCACGGACGAAGCUGGCAAGAUUAAACAUCAUGACAAUCCUUUUAUCGAGCCCGUCCAGACACAAACGGUGGUUGACAUGAAAGAUGUGAUGGUCCUGAAUGAUAUCAUCGAACAGGCCGCUGGUCGGCACAGUCGGGCAAGCGAUCGCGGUGUCUCCGUUUACUAUUUCCCAACAGAGGACGAUGACGAGGAUGGGCCGACGUUCAAAGACAAGGCACUCGAAGUGAUCCUCAAAGGCAUCGAUGUGUUUUGUGUGUGGGACUGUUGCUGGGUUUGGUUGAAAUUUCAGGAGUGGGUGUCGCUCAUCGUCUUCGAUCCCUUCGUCGAGCUCUUCAUCACGCUGUGCAUUGUGGUCAACACGAUGUUCAUGGCGAUGGAUCACCACGAUAUGAACAAGGAGAUGGAGCGCGUGCUCAAGAGUGGCAACUAUUUCUUCACGGCCACCUUUGCCAUCGAGGCCACCAUGAAGCUGAUGGCCAUGAGCCCCAAGUACUAUUUCCAGGAGGGCUGGAACAUCUUCGACUUCAUCAUCGUGGCCCUAUCGCUGCUGGAACUCGGACUGGAGGGUGUCCAGGGUCUGUCCGUCUUGCGUUCCUUUCGAUUGCUGCGUGUAUUUAAACUGGCCAAGUCUUGGCCCACACUUAAUUUACUCAUUUCGAUUAUGGGACGCACCAUGGGCGCUUUGGGUAAUCUGACAUUUGUACUUUGCAUUAUCAUCUUCAUCUUCGCGGUGAUGGGAAUGCAACUGUUCGGAAAGAAUUAUCAUGAUCACAAGGACCGCUUUCCGGAUGGCGAUCUGCCGCGCUGGAACUUCACCGACUUUAUGCACAGCUUCAUGAUCGUGUUCCGGGUGCUGUGCGGAGAAUGGAUCGAGUCCAUGUGGGACUGCAUGUACGUGGGCGACGUCUCGUGCAUUCCCUUCUUCUUGGCCACCGUUGUCAUCGGCAAUCUUGUGGUACUUAACCUUUUCUUAGCCUUGCUUUUGUCCAAUUUUGGCUCAUCUAGCUUAUCAGCGCCGACUGCCGAUAACGAUACGAAUAAAAUAGCCGAGGCCUUCAAUCGAAUUGGCCGAUUUAAAAGUUGGGUUAAGCGUAAUAUUGCUGAUUGUUUCAAGUUAAUACGUAACAAAUUGACAAAUCAAAUAAGUGAUCAACCAUCAGAGCAUGGUGACAACGAACUGGAGCUGGGCCACGACGAGAUCCUCGCCGACGGCCUCAUCAAGAAGGGGAUCAAGGAGCAGACGCAACUGGAGGUGGCCAUCGGGGAUGGCAUGGAGUUCACGAUACACGGCGACAUGAAGAACAACAAGCCGAAGAAAUCCAAAUAUCUAAAUAACGCAACGGACGACGACACUGCCAGCAUUAACUCAUAUGGUAGCCAUAAGAAUCGACCAUUCAAGGACGAGAGCCACAAGGGCAGCGCCGAGACGAUGGAGGGCGAGGAGAAGCGCGACGCCAGCAAGGAGGAUUUAGGUCUCGACGAGGAACUGGACGAGGAGGGCGAAUGCGAGGAGGGCCCGCUCGACGGUGAUAUCAUUAUUCAUGCACACGACGAGGAUAUACUCGAUGAAUAUCCAGCUGAUUGCUGCCCCGAUUCGUACUAUAAGAAAUUUCCGAUCUUAGCCGGUGACGAUGACUCGCCGUUCUGGCAAGGAUGGGGCAAUUUACGACUGAAAACUUUUCAAUUAAUUGAAAAUAAAUAUUUUGAAACAGCUGUUAUCACUAUGAUUUUAAUGAGUAGCUUAGCUUUGGCGUUAGAAGAUGUACAUCUGCCACAAAGACCCAUACUGCAGGAUAUUUUAUACUAUAUGGACAGAAUAUUUACGGUUAUAUUCUUCUUGGAAAUGUUAAUCAAGUGGUUGGCGCUCGGCUUCAAAGUGUACUUCACCAACGCGUGGUGUUGGCUCGAUUUCGUGAUUGUCAUGCUGUCGCUAAUUAAUUUGGCCGCGGUCUGGUCCGGGGCCGAUGAUGUGCCCGCCUUUCGCUCGAUGCGAACUCUGCGCGCCCUGCGACCUCUGCGGGCAGUUUCGCGCUGGGAGGGCAUGAAAGUCGUCGUUAAUGCGCUGGUACAAGCUAUACCGUCCAUCUUCAAUGUGCUAUUGGUGUGUCUAAUAUUUUGGCUAAUUUUUGCCAUAAUGGGUGUACAGCUUUUUGCUGGAAAAUAUUUUAAGUGCGAGGACAUGAAUGGCACGAAGCUCAGCCACGAGAUCAUACCAAAUCGCAAUGCCUGCGAGAGCGAGAACUACACGUGGGUGAAUUCAGCAAUGAAUUUCGAUCAUGUAGGUAACGCGUAUCUGUGCCUUUUCCAAGUGGCCACCUUCAAAGGCUGGAUACAAAUCAUGAACGAUGCUAUCGAUUCACGAGAGGUGGACAAGCAACCAAUUCGUGAAACGAACAUCUACAUGUAUUUAUAUUUCGUAUUCUUCAUCAUAUUUGGAUCAUUUUUCACACUCAAUCUGUUCAUUGGUGUUAUCAUUGAUAAUUUUAAUGAGCAAAAGAAAAAAGCAGGUGGAUCAUUAGAAAUGUUCAUGACAGAAGAUCAGAAAAAGUACUAUAAUGCUAUGAAAAAGAUGGGCUCUAAAAAACCAUUAAAAGCCAUUCCAAGACCAAGGUGGCGACCACAAGCAAUAGUCUUUGAAAUAGUAACCGAUAAGAAAUUCGAUAUAAUCAUUAUGUUAUUCAUUGGUCUGAACAUGUUCACCAUGACCCUCGAUCGUUACGAUGCGUCGGACACGUAUAACGCGGUCCUAGACUAUCUCAAUGCGAUAUUCGUAGUUAUUUUCAGUUCCGAAUGUCUAUUAAAAAUAUUCGCUUUACGAUAUCACUAUUUUAUUGAGCCAUGGAAUUUAUUUGAUGUAGUAGUUGUCAUUUUAUCCAUCUUAGGUCUCGUACUUAGCGAUAUUAUCGAGAAGUACUUCGUGUCGCCGACCCUGCUCCGAGUGGUGCGUGUGGCGAAAGUGGGCCGUGUCCUUCGACUGGUGAAGGGAGCCAAGGGCAUUCGGACACUGCUCUUCGCGUUGGCCAUGUCGCUGCCGGCCCUGUUCAACAUCUGCCUGCUGCUGUUCCUGGUCAUGUUCAUCUUCGCCAUCUUCGGCAUGUCGUUCUUCAUGCACGUGAAGGAGAAGAGCGGCAUCAACGACGUCUACAACUUCAAGACCUUUGGCCAGAGCAUGAUCCUGCUCUUUCAGAUGUCGACGUCAGCCGGUUGGGAUGGUGUACUGGACGCCAUUAUCAAUGAGGAAGCAUGCGAUCCACCCGACAACGACAAAGGCUAUCCGGGCAAUUGUGGUUCAGCGACCGUUGGAAUAACGUUUCUCCUCUCAUACCUAGUUAUAAGCUUUUUGAUAGUUAUUAAUAUGUACAUUGCUGUCAUUCUCGAGAACUAUAGUCAGGCCACCGAGGACGUGCAAGAGGGUCUAACCGACGACGACUACGACAUGUACUAUGAGAUCUGGCAGCAAUUCGAUCCGGAGGGCACCCAGUACAUACGCUAUGAUCAGCUGUCCGAAUUCCUGGACGUACUGGAGCCCCCGCUGCAGAUCCACAAACCGAACAAGUACAAGAUCAUAUCGAUGGACAUACCCAUCUGUCGCGGUGACCUCAUGUACUGCGUCGACAUCCUCGACGCCCUUACGAAAGACUUCUUUGCGCGGAAGGGCAAUCCGAUAGAGGAGACGGGUGAGAUCGGUGAGAUAGCUGCCCGCCCGGAUACGGAGGGCUACGAGCCCGUCUCAUCAACGCUGUGGCGUCAGCGUGAGGAGUACUGCGCCCGGCUAAUCCAGCACGCCUGGCGAAAGCACAAGGCGCGCGGCGAGGGAGGUGGGUCCUUCGAGCCGGAUACGGAUCAUGGCGAUGGCGGUGAUCCGGAUGCCGGGGACCCGGCGCCCGAUGAACCAACGGACGGCGAUGCGCCCGCUGGUGGAGAUGGUAGUGUUAACGGUACUGCAGAAGGAGCUGCCGAUGCCGACGAGAGUAAUGUAAAUAGUCCGGGUGAGGAUGCAGCGGCAGCAGCAGCAGCAGCAGCGGCGGCGGCGGGCACGACGACGGCGGGAAGUCCCGGAGCGGGUAGCGCCGGGCGACAGACCGCCGUUCUCGUGGAGAGCGACGGGUUCGUGACGAAGAACGGCCACAAGGUGGUCAUCCACUCGCGAUCGCCGAGCAUCACGUCGCGCACGGCGGAUGUCUGAGCCAGGCCUCGCCCCCCCCUCCAAGAUGCACGCGAGUAUUAGCAUGAGUACGUGUUGGAUGUUGCACGUUGCAUCAGCGAUGCAGCAGCGUUGCAGCAGCGACAACAGUGAGCUAACAACAACAGCAACCAGGCGAACAACAAGCAUAAUUUUCUGCUAUAUAAUGAAAGAACACCAUACAAACAAAUACAACAACAAUAACAGAUACAAACAAACAACAACCACAUCAAGAGAACAAAGAACAACAACAAACCCGAUGAUAUAACGACGAAAAUGAACAACAACAACAACAACAAUUAGAACUCAAGUGUAACGUCUUUGAUUUGAAACAUACAUAUUUGUAUACCCGCAUUAUUCAGUUAACGAGUCAGCAACCAACAACAAUCAUACUUAAGCUAAACCGAAAUGUCUUAUUAAUUUAUAAGCAGCUCGUAGUCCAAUCCAUAUAGGCGUUUUUCCGAACAACUAUUUGCCUAAGCAGGUGGAUGCAGAAAAAGAAGAAGAAACCCAUGAAACAAACACACUCACACAUAAACACACUCCCACACAUCAACAUAAUCAUAAACAAUUAUAAUCCACAGAAAGCAAAAAAAAAAACAAAUCAACACGGAUAACAAAAUUGAAGAACGACGAACAAGCUCUAAAAAUUGUAUUUGCCAGUAGUGAGAGAGCAAAAACACGCUUUAUUUAAUUACCUACUUGCGAAACCUUAAAGCAAAUACCAAAUAACAAAAACAAUGAAAAUGGCGAGCAAAUAACGGUAAAGAUAAGGAAGCAGAAGCCAAUCCACAAAAAACAAAACCAAUCCCCGAAAGCAACAUUCUAUAAUAAACAAGAUAAACCCUUUUAACUUAUUCUAAAUGAGAUGAGAACAACACCAAUUUGCAUAGAUUGUAUUGUAUGUACAUUUAUCCAGCUAAAUAAUGAAAAGCCAAAUGGUUAAAAUCAAAAGCGGACCCAAAACUAGAAACUAAAGCGACACCAAUAUAAAAACAAAUACCGCCUGAACUGCCAUUGAAAGCAAUACGAACCAAAAACUAAAGAAACAAACAAUAGCGAAAGCUGCUAGAUGUCAAAGUAUAAUCACACAACAUCCAUACACCCACUCACACCAACACCCGCACACACACACACACACACACAGAAGGAGGGGAAAUGGUCACCAGGAGAGUAAUAGGCAGACAGAGUUAUUUCACAUUCAGAUACGAUCGAACUAUAUAAUCGGGCAUUCCCUUUGCAGUUUCGAUUCAGGCGAUGACAUCCCAACCCAUUGGGUCAGCAAGAAAGUUCAAAGCAAACAUUUUAACCAUAGCGAUCGCAUAUUUGAGGUUAUGUCUCAUUUUGAGGUUAUGUCCUCCCUUUGAGGUUAUGUUCUCACUUUGAGGUUAUGUCCUCAACAACAUACACACUCACACACACACACAAAAACACCGACACAAAGCGACAACAGUACCGAACAAAUCCUUGGAGCUGGGGCGCAUGGAGCCGCAGAAAGUGAGAUAAAGACGAGUGAAACCUUCAACGAAGACCUUAGCAAUUCAAAUUUGAAUUCGAUCAGUCAAAAACCAAUUUACAAAAACAAUUAACAAAGAACGCUGAGCGAAGAAUUAAGAACGAAGAAAACGCGCAAGAAGUGAAUAAAUGAAACGAACAAUGCCGAGAAUGUGAAGUGAAAGAGAACACAGUACCGAAACAAGUUUAAAGCGAGGCGAAGCAAGUGCUAAAAGACAAGAAAAUAAAAACAAUUCGGAAAAUAGCAGAAGAAGCGUUUGUGCCUAGCACAAAAUAAAAAAAAAACAGCAAAUAGAGAUACGAAAACGAGUGAACAAUUUGAACAAGUUUUUGUUUUCAAAGUGCUCUAUUUUCGCAUACUUCUUUUUAUCUUUAACCUACAAGUAGAGUCGAGCAAAGACCGAGAUUAAUGGUUAACUACACAAUGAGCAAGGAGAGUAAAUACCAAACGAAUAUAUAUUACACAUAAUUAUAACAUAACUAAUUUAACUAAAAUACGAUAUUAAUACUGAAUUGAAUUCAAACAAAGUUUUAGCCAGACCGCUUAAAAGCGUAGCACACUUUUCAGCGCCAGUCGCCUUCGCAUUCGCUUUCCUUUCCGUAUCCGCCGCAAUCGCGUUAUAACGAUAGACGAUGGAAAUGUGAGCAAACCGAAAAUCGAUAACCGAUAACAAUCAAAAUAUGAAAAGAAAAAACAAAAAAAUGAAAGUAUUUCGAUCAGUUGUGCCCAAUUUUGCCAAGCUAAGCUUUGUUUGAAUAAGCUUUACUGCAUAUGAUUUCUUUGGUUUCUCUGUCGUAUGAUUUACUAGCUAGCAAUGCCUUUUUCGCCGCUGUUCAGUUAUGUAUCGACAAAACAACCGAUAACUGAUACCGAUUACGAUAACGAACAAUAAAACUCCAUCGAAUGGCCCCGCCACACUAAAGGUUGUGGAGCAGUUCGACCAGAGUGAAAAUUAUAUGUGAGGUUCCAUUGCGCACACAGUACACAGUACAGUACACACUCGCCACAUUGCCCAGUCACACUCACCCAACAUAUAGAAUCUCAGAUACAUGUAAAUGCUUUGCUUUUGCUUUGAAAUUGCUGCAAUCGUAGGAGGUGAAUGGGAAACGAAUACUUUGGGAUCAAUGCGUUUUUUGGUUUUGACAAUAAAACAACUACCAAUUCACCCACUGACACUACUCACGUUUUUUGGGAAAACAUACACAGUUACAGACAUGGGCAUUGAAAGAAACUUCUUUCAGUGACGAAACGAGCCUCUUCUCGCUGACUUGCUCUCACUCGUUCUCCAACACAACACGAAUUGAAACUGUUAUACGAAACAUGCUUUCACACACUGCUUGACUUCUAACUAUCUGUUAAAUCAAAUACAAAUGCGGAACUUGUUCUAAGCACAUACACAUCUACCCACUAGAAGGUAAACAGCAUCUUACAAAAUUAAUCAACAUUGGGAAAUAACAAAUGACCCUCGGCCAACGAAUCCCUUAAUUUGUCAUACCCUUUAGAUAUUUGAUAUUCUGUUCCAUUAGGUUUUUUCUUGGUAGACGCCAAUUUCCGGUUCUCAGUUCCUUUCAGUUAAUAUUUAAUGGCCAGAGUGUUUACAUUAACUUUCUGUGUUGGAUACCAGUAGUAUUUGUACAACAGUACUAUAACCGUUACAUGACAGUCCUACAUUAGUUGCUUAACACGCUCAUAACAGUUGUAUCUCUGUUAUACUAAGCGAUAAGUCAAUCGUAAGGCAUUUGUAUAACGGUUUUAUGCCACUGUACAACAGUUGUAUAUCCGCUUGGUUUUUGCAUUACUCUAAAACACAACUGACUAUCUUAAAGGUUGACAACAAACACUCCAGUUACAUUUGGCCACUUUACAUCGAUCAGCUGUCUUUAUUUGUUCGCAAGACGUUUAAUAAAAAGAAAACCUUUUGCAUCCCGCAAUAGCUUCCCAAUAUCAAUCACUAUUUAUCCUAGCCAACACAAAAAAGUAACGCAAACAACAAAAAUUGUAGAGUAAUAACUUGUGUACAUUAUGGGGACCAGUUUAAGCGUUGCCUUAAAGUCCAAAAAUUAAGUGUUUAUUUAUUUGCGCACGCUUUUACAAGAGAGCUUUGUCGUUUAGAUCAGAUUAAGCCCUUCUGUUUUGUGCCACGAACGGCACAUCCCCGCCAUCUUGACCCCGUGACCCCUUAACCCCUUGACCCCGUGACCGCUUAACCCCUAACCGAACCCCAAGACGUAACGCAACCCGACUCGAACAGACUCCAAUUUGGUUGGUCUUACAAUCAUCGUAUUACGUAUUUGUAUUUUAAACCCACAUUGAUUUAACGCUUGCCGAUUGCCAAUUUUGUAACGACUUGAAUGUAGCUUCAUUAUUAUACAUUUUGUUGGCUGUUUGACAAAUAAUACGAGUACCCACUUUGAUGAAUAAUAGAUCACAUGGAAAUAACGCAAAACGAUAAAUCGCUUAGUCGAGAAUAAUAAACGAAACAUGCUAUAAACUAAUAACAGAAAAUUAAGUUUGAAAAUUCCGUACAAAAUGCAUAAGUUUAACGAAAAAAGCAUAUAAUACUGAUUGAACUUAACGCAUAAUAUAUCUACUUAUACUGAGUGCACUGUUAUAAACGAGGGGCGGGGCGAGAAUAAAUAAAAAAAACAACAACAACAACAAAAACGAAUCAAACGAAAAAGAAAAAGAAAAACCAAACAUAUUAUAAUGGUAUAUACUUCAAGAUAUUCUACUAUCUAUGUGUGAAUAACAUCAUCUGCAAAACAACAGCCACACAUGAAGCUUUUGCGACAAGCAAACCGAAGAAAGAAAUAAAAAAAAACUUAACAAGAAGACGAGAGAAGAGAUACUCUAUAAUAAUAUAACUGUAAAUUUACGAUAAUAAAAGCCGAGAGAGGGAUAUGAAUUUUAGCAAGCGGUAAAUUCAAAACGAAACCGAAACGCAAAUCGAAAUCGAAAAGUUGAAAAUUAUAUAUGAGGACUCGAAGACGAAAAGGACGACGAUGUCGUGAAGAAGGGAUGAUAACGAUAUUGAUAAGGAAAUCUAUUUCAUAUUUUUAGCAUACGUGUAAACAUAUUUUUUGUGCCGAGGUUACGUUCGAAGCAACACGCGCAUCAUUGCCAUUAGACAAAAUAAAAUUAAUUAUAUAUACAAUAUGCCUAAAAAUAAUACAAAAAACAAAAAAAAACAAAAACAAAAAGAAAACUACCACUAAUAAUUAUAAAAAACAAAAAACAAAACAACUGCAUAUUUUGUGCUGCUGAAGAAAGUCACAACGCAACAAAAACAUGAUAACAAUAAAACAUAUAUAAAUUUCUAACAAUUUUUGAGCAAUAAAACCACACUCACACACACACGAACACACACACAUACACACGCUCAUCACAGAAGAUUGCCGAAUAUUUGCACCGCCACUGUAUGCCCGACGGGCGUGCGAAAGAGAGCGAGAUGGCGCUCCGCACUGCUCUCGCACACUUCGCACAGUGGCGCCGCAAAGUAUGCAACCAGGAAACAGAAAGCAGCGUUCUCAAAUACCAAAUAGAAAUGCAAUGGCAAAUGCUAGGAGAUGUUGCGGAUACAGAAGACGAUUAAACAUUUUUAGAUACACUUCGAAAAUCAAAGCGUGGAAAUUUCUAUAUUAGUUAAUAAUAAAUUCCUUUUUUUGUUAACUCACUAUAUUAAAAUGAAAACAAAGAUGGACAAAAACUUUAGCUUUAUACUCGUACAUUUGUAAUAUAUUACAUAAGUCUAGAUAAUUACAUAAAAACAAAGGAAAAAUAGAAAAUAUAUUAUAAAUUAUAAU